AACACUGCGGGAAGAACAACGCCAACUUCACAAACCCUCGCGAGCACAAUUGAGCCGAGCACAUACGGGACAAGCUGGAACUCAGUACGCUGGAAUAAGCCUUCAACUGCGGGUUAUCGAAGCCAGUCAGCAGCGAUCGCGUCGCGAUUUGAACCGAGUAAGCCAAAACCCUUUUACACGCCCUCCACGACAACCUCAUCCGCAGCUCGCACCACUGCCGCUUCACGUUAUUCAAAUGCAAGCACCGAAGCUGCUAAGGUAGCCAGGAGUGUUCGAGCUCUAUGGCAUAUCCCAAUGCACAAUCAUCUCAGUCUUGGGCCAUCGGUGACAGCGCGGGCGUCGCGAUUCGACACCACAACGCGCGACAGUGCGAGCAAAUAUCGGAAUGAAGCACGUGAAAUUCUUAAUAAAUGGACGAGUCGAGAAAGGAAUGGUGAUCGUAUUUUUUCUAAAAAUGCGUUAAGUCAGCCAAGGUCUCCGCGCAAUAACAUUAUAUACAUAUUUGCUGCCCACUUCAGGCUACUACUCACUUCACUUCACAACACGAAAGCUAUAUGGUUAGCUGAACGAUGGAUUUCCACCGUAAGACAUAAAAGACUAUCUAUAUCUAGGAUCAUUGCGAUGAAUUAUUUGAGAAUGGUAAAUAUAACAAUGAUGAAAGCUUUUAACUACGUUUGUGCCACGUCGUGUGCGGGCUACGGUGAUAAUUUUUCACCAAAACCAAAGGAAAAUGUGGCCGCUAAUGGAUAUUUAAACAAAGCAAAUGAGUAUCGAAUAAGAGUUUUUGGGAAAGAAAAUAGUUUUGCUGUCAUCCGCAUAUUGAAAUUUGAAGAUUAUCCUCAAUCAUCGUCGGUAACACCAACUAGAUCAAUAGCAUCUACAAUAUCACGAUAUUCCGACCGAAAUAGCCUCCUUUCUCCAUCACCAACACCACAACCACACACACCACGGGCCGAACGUCCAUGGCGUCAACGACUUGCAGAGUCGUCGCGAAUUCGUGCGACGCUGGGCGACGACGUGAGUGCUUCCUACGCGGCGGUGCGAAAUGCGUACGCGCUUGCGCGAUCAUCGCGA